CAACUGUCAGGUGGAGGUAAUCAGCGUCGAUAAUUAUCAGUUGUUUAAUUGCGCUGAUUGCCUCAGAUUGUUUUCAACAGUGAGCCUGGGGUUUUUAAAAGCGGAGACCGGGAGUAUUCGAGAGCGAAAAACCCCGGAGAAAAGAUGGGACGGCACAGAAAUUACCAGAAACUCAAAAGUAUCUGUGUUACGUUGUAGCCAGGUGAAGCCGGUGGCUGAAUAAACGAGCACACAAGUGCUAAAACCAAACCUUGUCUCCAGUGAGUCUGUUGAUGGGCAGGAGGGGUGGCACUCACUUGCCACAGUGGUGGCUCAUACGGGGAGCAUAGAAUAAGACGACCAAUAGUUUCACAAGAGACAAUCAUGGAGCACAGCCCGGAACAGGGGGAAACUACACAACUGGUGGUGGCGCUGGCAAGAAUGCUGGAGGGGAUGGCAGCGAUGAAGGAAAGACAGGCGGUGUUACACGCCGAACAGCUAGAGGCUCUGCGUGCGCAGACCUCCCUCCAGACUCAGGCUCUGCUGCAGCUGGCUGCUGUGGGAGAAACCAGCUCCCGAGAGCGACAGACCGGGUCCCCCGUAGCUCUCCAUAUACCCAAAAUGACCCCGGAUGACGACGCGGAGGCAUUCCUCGAGGGGUUUGAGGUGGAAGCGAGGGCGUGCCGAUGGCCGGAGGAGGAGUGGGUCGUCCGCCUCCUGCCCCUCUUAACAGGGGAAGCCCAACAAGCGGCACACAGCCUACCCUCCACAGCGCAAUCUGAGUACACGAACCUGAGGAAGGCGGUCCUGGACAGCCUGGGGUACAGCCCGGAAGAACACCGGAGGCGGUUCCGGGAGACAACCCUGGCGGGAGAGGACUGGCCGUUCGUGUACGCACAGAGACUGCUGGACAUGGCGCGUCGGUGGCUGCGUCCGGAACUCCGGUCAGCCGACGGGGUGGUGGAGCUGGUGACCCUUGAGCGGUUCAUUGAUGGCCUCCCGGGGAAGACGGCGAACUGGGUGAGGUGCCAUCGACCAACCGGGUUGGCGGCCGCCGUCACCCUGGCGGAGGACCACCUGGCGCUCUACCCCCGCGGCCAGUCACAGCAGCAGCAGCAGCAAGGACGGGCAGAAACGGCUCCGUGCAGGAGAGCCCCUCCUUGUUCCCUUCCUCCCCCCCUUCCUUCCUCCCUUCCUCCCUUCCUCGUGCCCAAACCCCCUCAUUUUCCCGCAACAACCCUUUUUUUUCUGUUUCCCCAGCCCCAGGCUCAGUGGCGGCGGGGUUCGACCCACAGAGAGCUCCUCAGACGCCCGGACCGGGGUGUUGGCGGUGCAGACAACCGGGUCACCUGCGAGUGCCCGCUCAUGGAGGUGGGGCAGGUGGUUCGUGUUGUCGGCCCGCCCACCUCCGCUCCCGACCCAGACGGAGCGUACUGUAUUCCGUGAGCCUGGGGUUUUUAAAAGCGGAGACCGGGAGUCUUCGAGAGCGAAAAACGCCGGAGAAAAGACGGGACGGAACAGAAAUUACCGGAAACCCAAAAGUAUCUGUGUUACGUUGUAGCCAGGCGAAGCCGGUGGCUGAAUAAACAAGCACGCAAGUGCUAAAACCAAACCUUGUCUCCAGUGAGUCUGUUGGCGGGCA